UUGCGGAAGUGGAGCGACUAGUUCUGACCAACAACAACAUGUCGGGGUGUGCGUUUCUUUGGUUGGUUUUUCUAUUAUUAUCCAUCAACUGUUCUCCUGAUGGCGCCGAGGGAUUGACAACGUACCAAGUGCACGUGGACGCCUCCAAAAUCGUCCGAAACUUGACCCAUUUCUGGGAGAGCACGGGAUUUUGUCCCCCUCUUCCUCACCAGAGGGCAGACCUGUACGAUCUGAGUGAAGAUGAGGUACAGAACUUGGCCCUGAUUGGCUCGGUACCACAGGGUGGUAUCAAACAGGUCCGUAUCCACUGGCUUCUGGAUCUGGUGACUGCAAGACUGGAAUCAGGACAUCCAGUCUAUAACUUCACCCUACUGGAUAACCUGGUGGACAACCUGUGGCAGAAUGGCAUGUUCCCAGGCUUUGAGCUGAUGGGAAAUCCUUCCAAUAUUUUCACUGACUUUGAAAACAAGACUCAGGUGUAUAUGUGGAGAGACCUGGUGUAUCAGAUGGCAGAUAGGUACAUCGAGGAGUAUGGUGAUGGUUAUGUGGAAAAGUGGAACUUUGAGACUUGGAAUGAGCCUGACCACCAUGAUUUUGACAACUUGAACUUUACUGUACAAGGUUUUCUGAAUUACUACGAUGCCUGUUCAGAGGGCCUGAAAAAGGCUAGCCCCUACCUGAAGUUUGGUGGCCCAGGAGGAUCCUGUAGACAGCCUAGUUUCUCCAAGAUCUGUUGGGCACUGUUAGAGCACUGCUCAAAUGGAACAAACUACUUCACUGGAGAGAGGGGGGUCAGGCUGGACUUCAUAUCUUUCCACAAAAAGGGGACUCCAGGUUACUCCAUGACAAUUCUAGCAGUCGAGAUGAGCACGAUUCACAAGAUACAGACUGACUACCCAAAACUGAAGGAUGUUCCCAUUUAUAACAAUGAGGCAGACCCUCUGGUUGGUUGGAGUAAGGCAGAAGACUGGAGAGCUGAUGUCAGAUAUGCUGCCAUGGUGGCGAAGGUGAUUGUGAUGCACCAGAAGUUUCUAAUUGGUGCCGAUGUGCCCUACUCACUACUGAGUAACGACAACGGCUUCAUGAACUUUCAUCCCCACUACUUCCAACAGAGAACACUGCUGGCGAGGUUCCAGAUGAACAAGACUGAGCCCCACAGUGUGCAGUUUGUCCGUAAACCAGUUUUAACAGUGAUGGGACUCCUCAGUCUUCUUGGGGAGGAGGAGGUCCAUGGCUACACUGACCAUCCUAACAGAAAAAGUCUUGGUGACAUGAAUAGCCCUGUGGAUGUUCUAGCAGCCGUUCACACCCCCUCUCUAGUACUUUCAUCAGAUAGUUGGCAGGUAUCAGCGCUGGUGUACAGUAGUAAUGACACGGCUGAAGUCAUCCAUCCCAUGGCCACAGUCCAGUUCAGCCUGGAAAACUUCAGACCACCUGAAAACACCACAGAUAUGAUGUAUGUAUUGUACCAGCUGGACAACCAGCACAGUAACCCAUACAACGUGUGGCUAAAACAGGGCAAACCUGUGUUUCCCACUACCCAGCAGUUUGCAGAGAUGAGGGCAGCAGAGGAUGCCAGAAGGUUUGGUCCCAAACCCUUCCCUAUGUCAGGCUCCAUGUCCCUGUCCACCCCCCUCCCCAGACCUGGAGUCCUCCUGCUUCAUGUGUGUGCCAAACCAGAACAGGAGCCUGACCAGACUACAUCUGUAAGACUACAUAGAAUAACAGAUGACACAGUUUUGGUGCUGUGGGAUGACCACUGUGUCAACUCCAGAUGUCUGAUGACAUUUGAAGUGGAAUUCUCCAGCUCAGGUCAGAAGGGGCCGUACACGCGGAUCAACCAAAGAGACCAGAUCUUCACAGCAUUUGUAUAUUCCCCCACCCAAACUUCAGGUCUUACAACAACCACAGUACAUGGCUGGUACCGUGUGCGUGCAGUUGACUACUGGGGGAGGGCCGGGGAGUACUCCUUACCACAGAAAUUAUAAACCACAUCACUGUGUUCACUGCGUUAUCCACAACCCAGUAAGGUUGUAAAAUGGAUGGGUGGAGGAUUUUUGGACAAAAAGGGUACUAUAAUACUAUAGCUUAUAUUCAACUCAUGUUACAGCAGUAUGUAUACUAGUAGCACUAAUAAGUGACCAUGGGUAGAGGUUAGCAUGAAAGUUUAUCUGAGCACAAAUAUAAGUAUUUUAUGCCAAGUUACCCAGAAAAGAAACAACCACAAGUCAUCUAAAAGUUUCAAUAAUGUAAUCAACCCAGAAUUGAUAUUUUAGAACUACAAACAGAUAGUUUGGGAGAUGCAGAAGAAUGAACAAUAAGAAUACUGAACCCAUAACCAACAGAAACCACAUUAGAUGGCUAAUGUAAGGUUUAUCAUCUUUCAAUUAGAUUUUGUACCUUGCUUAGUACCAUAAUACAGAAGUUCUACAUUGCAAUGAUUCCUGUGCAUAGUUAAUGUCCUACACAAGCAGACUAAAGAAAGGUACUGAACACAAUCAGCAUGCACUGUAUGUACAAGUCAUUUGCCCCAAUGGAACUCUAGAAACUCUGGAAAACCAAAAAAAGCACCCUACAUGUAGUUGAACACAAUUUCAAUUCGGAUAAAACAAUUAUGACUGGUCUUAACACAUAAUGUAAGUUAGAGGUAAAUAAUGUUUCACCUAUGUUUCCACUGGAUAUUUUAAACUAAAAAAAUGAGCAGGCCAGGGCAAGUUUCUGCCUACAUGUACUUACAUUUUGUAGUGUCAGAAGUCUCAAUGUUUUUUUCUAGUUACUAAUUUAAUUUUGAGGCUUAAUUUGUAUACAGUCCGGAGAGUUGCUGCAAGUACCAGCGUACCAGGCUUCAGGAGUGGCAAACUGUUCUCUUAGCACGGACCAACUCCCCUGGCAUAUCAUCUGUCUACAUGUAUUUGGCCAAUUUCUACUCUUUCCAGCUGCUUCCAAAAGUCUUGUAGAGGCUAUGCAGACUAUUCAAGCAUCGUGAUUUGUCUAGUUUUCUUACAUGCUCCUAAGUGCAUAGUUUUAAAAGCAAAGACUUCAGACCAACAUGUAUAGUAUGUACAAUAGGUAAGCACAUACACAUGACCUAACAGUAACACAGACACAUACAGUUACAUAAUGUUGUAUACAUUCUGACUACAAGACCCGUAAUCCUACUCAGUUUUCAAGUAUUUCCCUUCAAGUGUUGAGUAAAAGUAAAAACACUUAAGUCUGACAACUAUCACAGUUCGAGCACUUAAAAGGACUGCCAUGUGCUAUGUGCUAUGGUACUAUUACUAUUCUGAAUAAAUUUUUACUUAGAUGUUCAUUUCGGUAGAAACUCA